AAAACAGAAAAAAGUUUUGUAUGGUAUUGUGUCGCCGUCAAUAGAUUAUGAUUCAAAGCGAAUAGUUUCUUUUCGUCCCGCUUUUAAAGUGUUUUUUCUUUAAUAAUAAAUACAUAUUCUUCUGGUUUUCCAAAACGCAAUUGGUUUUUCAGCUCUUUUGGGAAAUAUAUUUUUCCACAUAAGUUGAAUAACAAAUUCAAGAAUUUUUUUGGUGACCCAGCCUUUAGCAUCAAUUUAUUGUUAUCCGGAACCAGAGAAUAUCGACAUAUAAAAUUUCUUCAAAAUGACUCAGGCAAGCAUACAAGAUAAAAGAUAUUGUAUACCACCAGCUAAAACGUUGAAAGUAUACGAUGAAAAGUACCCAGAGAGUUUAGGGAUUCCGUAUUUUCGACCGAGAAUUCCUUCAUGUCCAGAUGUUGGACCAUUUUUACUUAAAUCAAACAUUCUAACUAUGCUUGAUCGUUCUACUGAAAAUUUAAAUAACAACAAGAUCAAUCAACUGUUGCCAAAUUGUAAAACUGAGGAUUAUCAACGGCGACAUUCGUGGAGUCCUGGAACAGAAACUGACAAUGAUGAGCAUCAAUUCGAAUUGAAGGGAAGUUUAAUUUUGUUUCAACGACGGUACAGUGGAGACUCGAGGCGCAGUAGUAUCGCAAGUGUGCCUGAAGUGAUUGAGGAAUGCUCAAGUUCAGAGGAAAUUAACCAGGAACCAACACAGAAGACUGAUUAUAUGCAUUGUGUAAACUGCAAUCAAACAAGUUCCACAGAUUCUUCAGAAAAUUCUGAGACACACAAUAUCCAAUAUUGUAAUAAUUGCAAACAUUUAUAUCAAACAAAACACACUUUUGCUGCAACAUCUAAAGAUGUCAGACGCUCCUCCUGGGGCAGUGAGAUUUCUCGGGUUCCCUCUCCACGACGCUCAAGAAGAAGCAGUUUGACGGAUAGUACGGACUUACCAAUUAUUGCUGAACCAUUUACUGAUGAAGAUAUUGAAGGGAUAAACUCAACGCAGAUAUCAAUAAAACAAAGAUCGAGUGGUCUUUUAGCGCCAACAUCUAAACAAAUUUAGCCUUCUAUUGACGCUGGGUAAGUUAUAAGGAAGAGAACACAGAAUGCGUGCAAAUGCGCACAAAGAGAAGAAAAUAUAGCACCUUAAAUUUGACCCCAAUUUAAGUGACCUAAAAUAACGGACGUUAUUUUUUUACAGAUAAAGUUUUUGGUGGAGAAUUAUGGUUUCCAGAUUAUUUUCUCGGAUUUUUCUUUUUUUGUAAUGAUUGGAUGUAUUUAUGUUGAAAUAACUUAGGGAAAAUAUUUUUCUGCGGAACAAACUUUUGCGAUUAGGUUUUCCUUGCAAACUGUAGAAUUUAUUUGUGACAUUCACUUACCUUUUCGAAAUGAAGGUGCGUGACUUUUUUUUGAGAGGGGGGGGGGGAUAAAUCACCUUCUUUUGUUUCUUUUUUUUGCGAAUGUGCUCAAAAAUCGCAAAAAUAAGAUGCAGAAAUUUCUUUACUAAGAUAGAUAAAGAAGUAUAUGUACUAAUUCUAUGUAUCAAUUUUAACUAAUAUUCAUUCUUAUCACAUGCAGAA